AUGUCGUAUUCGUCCAACGUAGCUCAAGACAGUUUAGCUGCUGCUCAGUUAGAAAUGGCCGGCAACCCUAAUGCUUUGGCUCUUCGUCGGCCGUUCGAUCCGGUGGCUCAUGAUUUAGAAGCUAGCUUUCGCCUAACAAGAUUCGCUGAUCUUAAAGGACGAAGCUGUAAAGUACCACAAGAUGUACUCGGUAAACUGGUGGAGUCGCUACAACAAGACUAUUCCCAACAGGAACAAGAUCAGUUUAUGCAUGUGGCGAUACCGCGCAUUGGUAUCGGUUUGGAUUGUUCGGUGACGCCUCUAAGACAUGGAGGGUUAUGCUUGGUUCAAACAACGGACUUCUUUUAUCCCUUGGUUGACGAUCCAUAUAUGAUGGGAAAGAUCGCGUGUGCUAAUGUUUUGAGUGAUUUGUACGCCAUGGGUGUUACGGAGUGUGACAAUAUGCUGAUGUUACUUGGUGUUUCUACUAAAAUGACGGAAAAAGAACGUGAUGUUGUUAUUCCCCUUAUAAUGCGUGGCUUCAAAGAUUCUGCCUUAGAAGCUGGCACUUCAGUAACCGGUGGUCAAACUGUAAUUAAUCCGUGGUGCACCAUCGGCGGGGUUGCUACCACUAUCUGCCAACCUAAUGAGUACAUUGUCCCAGACAAUGCAGUUAUGGGUGAUGUAUUAGUAUUGACCAAACCGCUAGGCACUCAAGUUGCUGUUAAUGCUCAUCAGUGGCUUGAUCAACCUGAGCGUUGGAAUAGAAUUAAGCUAGUAGUCUCUGAGGAAGAUGUACGAAAGGCAUAUCACCGUGCUAUGGAUUCAAUGAGUCGACUCAACCGCAUAGCUGCUAGACUCAUGCACAAAUAUAAUGCUCAUGGGUCCACCGAUGUGACAGGAUUUGGACUUCUUGGUCAUGCGCAAAACCUAGCAUCACAUCAAAAAAAUGAAGUCUCCUUUGUCAUUCACAAUUUGCCAGUAAUUGCAAAAAUGGCAGCUGUUGCCAAAGCAUGUGGCAAUAUGUUCCAACUAUUGCAAGGCCAUGCACCUGAGACCUCUGGUGGUUUACUAAUUUGCCUUCCCAGAGAACAAGCAGCAGCAUAUUGCAAAGACAUUGAGAAACAAGAAGGCUACCAAGCUUGGAUCAUUGGUAUUGUUGAGAAGGGUAACCGCACUGCUCGCAUCAUUGACAAACCACGAGUCAUUGAAGUGCCUGCUAAAGAU